AUGAAACUAGUUUCUCACCUUUAUUUACACAGCUGUCAACAUUUACGCGUCCUAAUUUCGUGGCGAUUUCCCGCCAAAACUGCCGGACUGCGAUACGACCAGGAGACCGGUCUAUCGCGCUCGAUUCAACUCAGUGGCCGCACAGGAAAAGCACAGGCAUUUGAUCACAACGCGUCAUCAGCUGUUCACGAUAUGAUACACGUUCAGGCGGACUCAACGGUUACGCUGCAACGGAGAAGGUGCUUCUGGCCAGCUGAUUUGACCGCCGCCACGUUACCCGCCUUAUUAAGUCCCGAACUACAACUGGCUAAUACGGGGAAACCGAACCAAAAUACGAACGCACUCACCACGCCAAGUAAUGUCAAAAGCGCGUACGAAGAAUGGCGCGACACCGAAUGCGCGGGAAACGCGCGCCUUCCGAACAAUUACAAAUUGGACGCGGGUCGUGCACGCUUGAAUCGUGUGGAUAUCUCGGCGGGAUUAUUUUUAAUGGUGGAAACUCUCGGCAACGCCGUAGUGGCGUGCGUCGUCCUAAAUUUAUCGAUA